UUGUUGGUUGAGCCGGGCCGAGCAGAACCGAGCCAAGACAGCAGGACUGUAGAACCGAAGAAGGAAGAGGAACCAGAACAAAUAACUGUCCUGGAAGAUAAUAUUUAAUUUAACCUUGGAGUCGGGUUUUCAUUCUGAUAUAACUGACUGCUGAAUAUAUUAUACUCUGUGACGUAAAUGUGUGUUAUUACGUGUUUGUUUGCACUUGGGUGGACCUUCAGCUAAAACGUUCAAAUAGUACAACAGACAAACUCGUAAGAGAGGAAGAAAUGGAGAAAUCAGAUGUCUUCUCCUCGGACCGAAAUAUCCUGUGCCUGUUUGACGUGGACGGUACUUUGACUCCACCGAGAGAGAAAAUCGACCCUCAGUUGGACGAGUUCUUCCAGUCGCUCCGGAGGAAAGUGAAGAUCGGCAUUGUGGGAGGGUCGGACUACUCCAAGAUAGCUGAGCAGCUCGGGGACGAUGUGGUGGACAAGUUUGACUAUGUGUUUGCUGAGAACGGGACGGUGCAAUACAAAGACGGAAAACUCUUCUCAAAGCACGCCAUUCAGAACCAGCUCGGGGAGGAGCUGCUGCAGGACCUGAUCAACUUCUGCCUCAGCUACAUGGGGCUCAUCAAGCUGCCAAAGAAAAGGGGAACGUUCAUUGAAUUCAGGAAUGGCAUGCUCAACAUUUCCCCCAUCGGUCGAAGCUGCACGCGAGAGGAGAGGAUCGAGUUCUCUGAAAUCGAUAAGAGAGAGAAGAUCCGGGAGAAGUUUGUUGCUGCCCUGAAAGAGGAGUUUGCUGGAAAAGGACUGCGGUUCACUAAAGGCGGUCUCAUCAGCUUCGAUGUGUUUCCGGAGGGUUGGGACAAGAGACUGUGUUUGGAGCUGCUGGACAGCGAGGGCCUGGACUCCAUCUACUUCUUCGGCAACGAGACCUCAGAUGGAGGCAACGAUUAUGAAAUCUUCAACGACCCGCGGACCAUCGGUUUCACCGUCUUCUCUCCGGAGGACACGGCCCGGUACUGUCGGGAGAUUUUCUUUGACGCUCCGCCUCACGAGGCUUGAUUUCCCUGAUCCCUUUACCCACAAUCCCCUCUGAUGCCUGCCUGUGGCUUUCUGCUUGUACGACAACAAGCAACUCUAAUGCAGGUCAUUUAUGAACCACUCCGAGGUACUACUACUGAUUUUCUCCCUUUUAAUAAUAUGAAAACAACGGGCAGCAGCGCGAUGAUUUGACUACAUUUUAAACGUUAGUCCUACUGCUUUUUAAAGAUUUUUAAAAAGGAACAGAGGAGGUGUUACAUGUUAAAGUAAUGUGCCAGACGAUUAGCAUGUAGCUUAAAUCAGCUAAAAAACUAAUAGAGAUUAUAAAAGAUGUUAUUGUUGAAAGUUAUUACUCCAGAUUAUUUGAGUAUAAAGUGAUUUUUUGCACUAAUCUUGGGAAUCAUUUCAUACCAAUUGUUGGUAUUGUUGAUCAUUGCUGAAAGAGAUGGUAAGAGUGAAAGAGAGAGAUAUUACAUAGGGUGAGGAGUCCAUUUUGAAAAUGAGAUAUGAAUGAAGCAUAAAAAGAACACGUGGCUUUUUAUUCCUCGGAAGUUGAGGAUGUAUGAAUCAUUCCAGUUAUGAAUGUCUCUGGGAUUUAUUAUGUAUUUACUGUGUGAUCCCUUAAAUAUCAAAUGUUUUUAAGCUUCAGGGGAGAAGCUUGUUUUGCAUCUCUAGGUAUUUUAAAUUCAAUAAAAGGAACAUAUAUCAGAUUUUAUUUACUACUGAAUCAAUUAAUUGAUCUUAACCCGUGAGUUGAGCUGCUACCAAGUCACUCUGCACACAAUGUGCCAGACGGUUAGCAUGUAGCUUAAAUCAGCUAAAAAGCUAAUAGAGAUUAUAAAAGAUGUUAUUGUUGAAAGUUAUUACUCCAGAUUAUUUGAGUAUAAAGUGAUUUUUUGCACUAAUUUUGGGCAUAAUUUCAUACCAAUUGUUGGUAUUGUUGAUCAUUGCUGAAAGAGAUGGUAAGAGUGAAAGAGAGAGAUAUUACAUAGGGUGAGGAGUUCAUUUUUAGCUGCUACCAAGUCACUGCACACUUCUGUCAGUCAUUAUUUUGAAUGUAAAAUAUUUUUACAAACUGUAUCGUGGCUUGAAUGCUGGUCGAAUGUAAACAUCAAUUAUUAUGCUUGGUUGUUGUCUCUAACUCUUUUAAUAUGAAGCUGUUUAAGGGUUUUUUAAAUAACUUUUAAAUGUGUGAACACUAAAUGGGUAAUGGGUUUUUAUUCUGCCAUGGCUCAGAAUAAUAACGCCUCUCUGAUGUAUCAGUAAUGUAAAUAUGAGGCUUCUAAAGGCAUCAGCUGCAGGACUGGUAACACUCCUUCAAAAGACUCAACGGAUCAUGUAGAAAAACACUUUUAUGCACAGCAGAAAAUGUUAAUGUGUUGCUAACUGAUUACUUUAAUUAUUUUCUGGAUAAAAAAGUGAAUUAAUUGUAUUAAAACCUUUUUGAUAUCUUGCACUGAU